AUGCUGCCCAGCUCCAUCCAGAUUUCGGGGGAGCCGCUGUCAGGCGCCGAGGUGCGGGACAUCUGCCGCGGCCUGCGCGACAACGCCGUGCGCCUGCUCUCGCUGCGCGGCUGCCGCCUCUGCGACCGCGACUUCAGCCGCAUCUGCAGGGCCCUGGCGGGGGCCACGUCCCUGGCGCAGCUCAACCUUAACCUGGGCGUCGUGUCCAGCCCCAACCGUAUCAAGCAGCUGGCGGAAGCGCUGCGGACCAACCGCUCCAUCCAGUCCCUCUUCCUGCACGGCAGCCCCCUGACAGAUGCCGGGCUGGCCUUGUUGAACCCAGCCCUGGCCCUCCACCCUGCUCUUGUGGCUCUGGACCUGGGGGACUGCAUGCUGGGUGAUGAAGCCAUCAACCUCAUCUGUGGCCUCCUCCCCCCAGACGGGGCCAAGUCUGGCCUGAAGGAACUAACACUGAGUGCCAAUCCUGGCAUCACCCCUAAGGGCUGGAGCCGUCUCGCCAUUGCAGUGGCCCACAGCUCCCAGGUCCGCGUCCUCAAUCUGGACUACAACCCCUUGGGUGACCACGUGGCAGGGAUGCUGGCUGUUGCCGUGGCCUCCAGCCGCACCUUGGAGGUCCUAGACUUGGAGGGCACUGGGCUCACCAACCAAUCAGCCCAGACCCUGCUGGACAUGGUAGAAAAUUACCCCACAGCUUUGCGGAGCCUGGUGUUGGCUGAGAACAGCAUUAGCCCAGAGCUACAGCAGCAGAUCUGUGACCUCCUCUCCGAGGGAGAAGAGGAGGAAGAGGUGGCAGGUGGGGCUGGAGACACCCAGGAACGACAGAGAGGGCGGGAGCCUGCUGCCCACCAGAGGGGCAGCAGCUCCUGGAUGUGUCCCAGCGAUCCCAGCUCUCAGAUGGUGCUAAUGACGUCAGGACUAGGGGACAGUCUGUUGGCUGAGACCGAGAUGUGACUCUCCACUUGGGCCUCUGCGCAUCAUAUUUAUCUUGCCCCAGACACCAGGGUUAGGCCCUGGCAAUUGGGGAUGGGGAUUGGGGGUGGGUGCCUGGGGCUCUGGCAGCUCCUGGCAUUGUGGUGGCUCUGGAAGCUGUGACUGUCUUGGGGGCACUUAAAGCCAAGGCAAUGCCUCUGGACUUGUUGGCAGCUCUGGCUGCAGCCCGCUGGUUGGGAAGAGAUUUUAUCAACUAUACAAUGCGGUGUGUGGCUGUGAUCACUGGCGGGGGCUGGCAGAAGGGGAGGAAUCGGAACUACCAGUAGGCACCACUAGAGGGCAGUGUCACUCCAUAAUCCAAGCUCGAGGCAGCAACUUUUGGUCCCAAACCUCCAAUUUCUAGGACCUGGCUUCUGGGUUAACACCUGCCCUACAAGGAUCAUAACUAGGGUAAAGAACUCACCCCCCGAGCUAGGCUGGACCCCACCUCAAUGAGAGACUCAGGGGUCCCGUCAUGUUCAUCUGACACCCUCUCUACGGCCUGCUGCCGUGCCCAGGGAAGCACAGUUGGUGUGGGCAAGGGAGUCGCCAGCAAAGACGGGGACACAAGUAUUGAAAUACUCGAGUAUUCGAAAUACUCAAGAACAGGGCGAAGAAUGGUGGGAAAAAGCACUAAUAGACGAAGUAGGUCAUACCAGUAAAAUAGUUUAAUUUUGAAAUAAUCAUCCAUGUGAAAAUUUCCCAAAGCUGGGAGUAACAGUCUAGAGCCAAGGUUAGAAGGGGGGCUAGGCCUCGCCUAGAGCCCCACCUUGAGGCCCCUGAAGUCCACCCUCCUCUCCCUUCCAGAGGGAGGGAGGGAACAGCUCAAGCCUGAGUCCGUCCUCUCCCUCACGGCCCCCAGGAAUGCUGUGCCAGGCCCCCUGAAGGCAACAGUUCAUGCUGAGAUUUUGGGGGAAAGGAAAAAGUGGAAAAUAGAAAUUGGAAGUUAAUAAUCUCAACAAAGACAAAAAAAAAACCCAUAAACUUGUGGAUACAAAAGGAUGGAGGAUGAACACUGAUGUAAUCAACCCUUCAGCUCCCAGAACAGCCCAAUUUGGGCUGGGCUGACUGGAAGAUCUUGAACCCCAACUGCAUGUGACCUUUGGAGAAUAAAUACUCCAACAAGAAAAGGAAAAACCAUGAGGCAAGCUGGUGCCAGUCAGUCAAUGCAGACAAAUGGCCUGAUGUGGCCACGGCCUGACCUACCCACAGAGGAAGAGCCGUCAGUGCGUCUGGAGAGAGGCGAGUUCAAGAGCUUGGGUUGGGUGGGAGACCCUGAGCUGCAAGAGUAUGGCCACCUUGGGGUCCCAGUGCAGCAGUGGCAGGAAGGCAAUAAGGGGGCCCUA